UACCUGUUGUAACGUGCAUGCUCCUUUGUCUAAAUGUUUUCAAAUACUUGCUGCCAACUCUAUGUCGGUGUGGUCGGUGUUAACAAUUAUUUUUGCGAUUUCUGCUUAUUUUUAUUAUAGCGAAAAUUGAAACAUUCUGUUCCACAGGCAAAUGUAAAUAGAGAACAUUUCUGCUGUGCGAUGUAAAUAAUGUAGAAAUACCAAAUUUAUAUUUUUCACGAAUAUUUUUCAAGCAGAAAAUCCACUUCCCUUUUUACUUUUAUAAAAGAAUUCAGGACUUCUCGGUCAUUCAUGAAAUUAUAAACAACUUGAAUAACAAACAUUAAAUGUACAAUUUAAAGCUUCAUGAAGUCUGCGCCUUUACAUCGAACCAGUUCACAUAUUGACUGAUAUCAGAUUCAGAUAUUUAUGAAUUUUCAAAAGGAAGUUGUACAUAACAGGUAUAAUUUUAUGUUUUCGCAAGAAAAAACAAGACUCAAAAACUUGAAUCAUUAUUACUGUAAUCGUUACCAAUAUAAGAAACUUAUUCAUUGUGUUCUUUAAAAAUGAAUUCAACAAAUGUUAACACUCACUUCAAACCGAAAUGUAAAGGUUCAAAAUAUUCUGGUUCAUCCGAAGAGUAUUACAAAAAAGGACUAGAAAUUUUGAAUCCCGCUAUGAAAAAAUUUUUCGAUUCACUCAAAGUCUCGCCGAAAGUAUUAUUUAUUCAGUUACAUAAAUUCGAUAAAUAUGCAGUAAAUGGAUGUUUAUAUAAACGGAGAAAUAAGUCGACAAUUCAAUUUUUGACUCCUAGUGAAGUAAAACAAAUAGCGAAGAAGGAUGUUGAAAUUAUGUACAGUAUUGUGAAGAGAAAAAUACUUUCCUUGGGGAAAUUAAAUUUCCGCGGUAUCAGCGACACUGGGUCAACAUUCAAUGAACGAUCGACAUUCAAUGUUGACGAUGAAAUCUUCGACAAAAUGUCUUUUAAGAAGAAAAGCAUUCAAGAGAACUACACAACUUGUGCACAUUGUGACAGGAAGUUUUCGACAUUGAGUGGUUUGAAGCAUCACAUGAAGACGGGGCAUUCGUUAGGGGAACUUGAUGAGACUGGAGAAUUCGACAAGAAUUGUAAUAGAAAUCCACUUUCAGAAUUAUCAAUGCUUGCGAGGAAAUCGUCGAGUGAAUUUUCCUGUGAUGUAUUGUGUUGCGCGUGCCUGAAAAUAAUUGUCGAAGUUCGACCGUUUUUAGAUUCUCUUGUAAACGAUGUUUGUCUUUCGUGUUUAUAUUGUGAAAUGCGAAUAUCCGCCAUUUAUUUUUUAUAUCACGUUGCCACUAAUCACCUCUCUUGUAAACAAGACGAAUGCGAUUCUAAAUUUAUAAAUACCGGUUACAGAUUGCGACAAGUUUUGACUAUGGAAAAUGAGUUCGAAUGCAUACACGUGGAUUGCGAUCAUUAUUACUUCAUUGAUUUAAAUGAACCGAAUAUUAGUGUCACUGUUGACGACGUGGACUUGAGUCAAAUAAUAAAUUGUCAGGACAAUAGCGAAAGUGCGAUUGAUUUUCAAAUUACGAAUAAAGAAGAAAAAGAAGAGGAACGUGAAGCCGAAGAAGAAAAUAAAGAGGAGCAAGAAAAUGAAAAAGAACAAGAAAAUGAAAAGGGACAAGAAAAUAACUGUAAUGGUCUUGAAAUGCUUGCAACUAACAUUGAGGUUGAUGGAAAUGAAAAAAUGAACGAGUCUAAAUGUCAAACUUUUAGUUCUGUGUUAAUGGAUUCUUCUGCAAAAUCUGAAGAUUCGCAACAAAUUUCACUCGUGAAGUUUCCUUUCCGUUGUAGCAUUUGUAGGAUAAAUUUUCCACAGGAACAAAAAUUGCUCCAACAUCUCUUCAUUAAUCAUCGUUACACUUUCCCUUACACUUGUGACAUUUGUUUCGCGUGCUUCAAAGAAAUUAGAGAAUUGGACAUUCAUCGCUAUCUCCACAUAACGAAAAACGAAUCGACAAUAACUGAAAAUUCCACUGUAGAAGCGAUUUAUCGAGAGGAAAACUCGACAACUGAGGAGGAGGAAUUUAUGGAAAUUAGUGCGAUAUCGAUAUCGACUAAUCAAGAAGAGAAAACCGAAAACUGCGAUCAAAAUCAAUUCUCAAAUAAACAAGAACCAAAUCAAGUGGAGGAAAAUUCUUCGAAGCAUUCUAAAGUAAAAAUUUCCUGUAUAGUCGAAAAAGUGGAAUACCCUCUGGACAUUCACAAUUUGUAUGCACACAUUCGUAAAGCUAAUGAUCCGACAGAAAUUAAUAGUUCCGAAUUGAGACUCGAGACAAGUUUCACUAGUGAUGCUAGUCCACGAAAACGUAAAAUCUCCGACACGUGUGAAAUAAGAGAAAGCGAAUCAACUGUGGAAUCUUCGACAAAUUUUGAAUGUACAAUUUGUGGCAAAACAUUCAGUUCACAGAGAAUUUACAGCGAGCAUAUGUUCUUUGUUCACGAUGCUGAAUUGCAAGAUUCUGUCGUUCUCGACAUUCUGAAAUCAUCUCCAGAACAAGCACCGAUCAUUAGAUCCAAUUCGAAAAAACCAAAAAUAGAAAUAAUCCCUAGUCUUAAUAACGAUAAUUUAAAAGCGAAAUCUACAAAACUUGGAUCAGUUUCGGAUGAUUUGGGAAAAAGAUCGAUUUUAAAAAAAACGAUUACAGGUCCCGUAAAAACGCAAAACUUGAAACAAUCAAAAACUCCAAUUCAGACUUCGAAGGUUUUUAAUGUAAAAACGACGAAAGUGGUAUCGAAAAAGAAGGAAAUGACUAUUUUAGGAAAAGAACUAAAAACCUCGAAUCAAAUUUCGGUCGAGAAUGUAAUAACAAAAAAAAUCGAUGCUCUAAUGCUGUUCGCUUGUUCGGAUUGUAAAAAAGUAUUUUCUAGAAACACAAUGUUGGAGAAGCACAGACGUUUGAGUCAUCCAAGUAAAGAGGGAGGACAGAAAGGAAAAAGAGUCUGGGAAUCAAUUGUUAAUGCUCCAAUAACUGACAAAACACAUCUGACUUGUCCGAUUUGUAAAUUUAUUUUCCGUACAACGCAAAGUUUACAGGCCCACCUAAUGGCAAAUCAUAGUCGCGUCACCGACAUUUGCCCCCUUUGCAAGAAACUAUUCCCCUUUGGACGUGGAGUGCGACAUAUUCUUAAUUUUCACAUUGUUCCAGGUUGCGAACUAGAAAGGAACUUCGAACUCUUCGAAGAUGGCGACACAAAAGAUGAUGUGAACGAAGCAAUAAAAGUACUAAAAGAAAGAAGAUUAAUCGCCCUCUACGGCUAUAGUAACUAUCAAGUAUUGCACGAUUUCACAUCAUUCAAAUGUAAAUACUGUUCUCAGUUCUUCACAACAAUUGGCGACUAUCGAAAUCAUUAUCUUCAGGAACAUGACAAAUUUUGUACCCUCUGCGAUAUGCUCUUCAGUGACAAUAAAAAUUUCCUACGACAUUUGACCAAAAAACAUUAUUCCGCCAAGCAUUAUUUAUGGUUCACCGACACGUUCAUCGCGGCAACUCUCCUAACUGAGAAAACAAAGAAAAAUUUAUCCGAGAGCUUUGAGGAUAUCAUCGGGAGAAAAUUGCAUCAACUGAAAGGAACCGAAUCAAUUGAAAUUGAGGAAAAAGGCCCGAAUGCAAACGAAAACCAAAUAAAUGAAAUACCGAAUAAUUUACCUCAACAACCAGAGUCAAUAGUCACUUUAAUUUUACCAGAAAACCAAAUAACUGAAACAAACGGACUGCCAGAGACAAAUGUCUUACAACUGCCGGAAUUUUGUAUGGAAUGUGAAGUCAGUGAGAAUGGAACUCUUGUCAUGCCGAGUGACAAUGGUUCUCGUAGUGCGAUAAUUGUGGAAAACUUGAGUGAUAUAAGUAAUGUAAACGAGAAAAGUGACUCAGUAAAUAAUUCCGUUUUUCACCCUAUCUCAAAUUGUAUUCUAGAUUAUCCAAUUAUUUUUAGUAAUAUCAAUAAUUUACACAAUGACAAAGUCUUGACUGAUGUAGACACUGAUAUUGAUAAGGAAUUUCAAAUUCAAUGAAAAAGAAAAAUAAUUAGACAUUAUCAGAGUGUAUUCCGAAAUUGUCGGAUCAAAAUAUUCAGUUAACAAUUUUGAAGUUUUUUAAUUUUUGCCUCUUGUUAAAAAAUCGAAUUUGCAUAAAAAAAUUGUUCAGAAAAUAUUUUGACUCUUCGAAUUUUUAUUUUUUCUAAAAAUCGAUAGACUUUGAAAUUCAUACGUAAUUUUAUUAAAUACAAAAUUACGAAAAUAAAAAAAAGUAUGUUACAUACAAAAAUAUGUUUUUGUAACAUUUUUUC